CGCCAUGUUAACCCAGGUGGCGAGACUCCAAGAUGGCGGACGAGUGAGAGUGUGUUUAGUGAACCUCCGUGUAACACGAGCGAUUUUAACUGGAUUAUCAAAUCGUGUCGUGCCAAAUUUAGGUUUAUGCUGUCCUAAACUUUAGUAGGACCUAUUGGCAAAAAACCCGGUGGAUUUACUAGUCAUGGAUUCGACAGCUGCUGUGAUACUGCUACUGGCUGUCCUCGCCGCCACAGACGCCCAGCUCAUCCAGCGACCGAGCAAGGAGGCGACGAUAAAAAGUGUUCGAAUCUUCUGCAACAGUAAUGAUAUCGUCGUCUCUAUCGACACUUCCGAUGCCUUCAAUGGCAUGAUCUACCCGAAAGGACUGUCCAAGAACUCUUCUUGUAUGGCGGAGUUCAAGGAACAAACGAGUCCCGUCCUCUACAAGCUCCCACUCAAGUCCUGCAGCACCAUGAGCUCAGAAAUGGAGGACGGCAUCGAAUACUUCAACACGGUGGUGGUACAACCACACAGGAAGCUGGUGACCAACCAGGGCCGCGGGUACCACAUCCGCUGCAAGUACCAGACCCAGGAGAAGACUGUUACCAACGCCUUCAACGUCAGUGGUGACUUCGUUACGGAUGUGGAAUGGAAGGCACCCAACGGCUCCAGUUUCAUUGGGACGACGCCACUCACGGCUACAGCCCCGAUGCCUGGUUGCUACAUGCGCAUCUUCGCUGGAUCACCCUCAGACAAAGCAGUAGCGGAGAAUGUGCGUAUUGGUGAUCCCCUCAGCAUGGUCAUCUCUCUGGAUGAUCAGGAAAUCUACGGCAUGAAGGUUACAGACUGCCUCGUGAGGGACGGCCUUGGCUGGGGAGAACAAAUGCUCAUCAACCAUGAUGGGUGCCCUGUGGACUAUGAAAUUCUGGGAACAUUCGAGUACUCCUCCUCUAAGACCACAGCUUCUGUACGCUUCCAGGCCCAUAAGUUCCCUUACACCUCAUCUGUAUAUUAUCAGUGUAAUGUCAAACUCUGCAUCAAGAAUGCUGGAGGCUGCGAUGAUGUGCCACCUGUGUGUGUAGAGGGUCAGAACUUACUCCGUCGACGACGUAGAGAUGUACCCGAGGUUGAUGGAGAUGGUAACCUGAAGGAAGUGGCAAAAGUUGACGAAGCCCUUACUAUUGAGGUUUUCACAGGUCUCUACGUAAAUGAGGAUGAGGAACUUCCCGAACCUGAAGGAGCCUCCGACACACUUACUCCUCUAAAGGAGGAAGUGGUAGAGGAUCCAAACACAUUUUGUCUCUCUCCAAAGACCUUUGCUAUUGGCAUUGCCAUUGCUGGUCUCAUUCUAAUGGUAGCAGUUAUUGCGUCCAUUCUCAUACUCAUCUCCCGCCGUCGUAGGAGAAAGGAGGAUUCAACCACUGGUUCCUCUAUAUAUUCCAGUCCUUACACCAAUACAGCUUACAGUCACUCCUCCUAAAAAUAUUGGCAAGAGUGAAUGCCAAAAGUGUGUUGGAGCAUCAUCAAAAUUUGUGGCAUAACUUUUUUUUUUUAAUUCAGAUGGACAGUUUAGAUAUUAUAAGAAAAUAGUAAAUUAAGAAUAUGAAUGUACAGUAACUACUGUAUAUUUCCUAGAGUUGAAAAAUAUAUUCAGAACUCAGAACAGUACUGUAAAUAUGAAAGUGAAUUUAUAGUGUAUUGUGAAGAACAUGAACCUCUUUCUCAAAGGAAGCAAAGUACAGUAACUGAAGAAUCAUGGUCAGUAGGAUUACUACAAAAUUACUGACAUUAUGAAUGACAAAAUUCUGCAUGUCAUUAUUAUCAGUCUAUAAAUGUGGAUACACAGGUGUGUUAUGGUGCAGUACCCAGCAUCCUAAAACAGGAAACGUAAAAUGGUGCUCCGGUAUAAAUUGUCCUAAAUAUAGAUAGCAAGGUGCAUAAUUAACAGCUUAAUUGAUCACUCACACUAUAGGAGAAAUACUAAAUACAGUACUAAAGUAUACAUAUUGAAAUGCUUGUGUGUUUAUGCUUUUAACCAGCUGACAAAUUUGAUGUUUGACAGUUUGUUAAACUUUCCUAACUGGUUGUGAAGUUUGUGUCUUGAGAGGAUGAGGGGAAACAGGUGGCCAAAGGAACAGGGAAGUUAUGCCCAGAAAGUCAAUGAAAGAUGUUUUUAAAUUAAAAUAAAAUACAAAAUAUUGUAAGUUUAGACUGCUUAGUCCAUACAAAACUUUACUUUUUUUUUUUUUUUUUUUACUAUGUUUCUGGAUGAAAUUUUGUACAUAUUUGGAUCAUUUUUCUCAGUUUAAAAUAUGAUGCAAAAUAACAAACAAAAAAGUUAAUUUGCACUGUGUAUAAAAAGUGCAAGUGACAUUUCACUGGCUUUUCUGGGUUUGUUCAAUACUCAAAUUCUUUCCCCAUGACAAUAGAACACUGCUUGAAGUACCAGUUAGUAGACUAUUAUCAGUCAGCCACUAGGCCUGAGAGUAAUUAUUUAACAUGCUGGAAUAAUCUUUUUAAGCACUGUUUAACAACUGGGGUCUCUGUUCCUUACUCAAGAGUCUCCCCUCUCUUCUUGCUAAUCUUAUCAAAGAUCCGUCCAUAAAUAAGAUUUAUUCGUUUCUCAGAGGUUGCUCCCUGAGGAAUGACUUUAGUGUCUACAUAGGAUAAGGAUAACUGCGGCAAAAGUGACUUACGAUGCAAUAUUACCUGGUGAUCUGAAGUAGUGUUACAUAACCAUCAAGUGUUGGUUAAUGAUAGUCCUUGCUAUCAUUGGAGCUAGACCGUUUCCCUGUUAGUAGACUGCAAGCAAUUGUUUUAAAUAUUUAUUAUUCCAAGAAGAAUAGGAUGCAAAUUUGGCUGUUAAUAAUAACCUUUUGCUAUACACGAAAUACUUCUGUAAAGCAUAUAUAUUGGCAAAAUUAACAAUAUUUAGUAUUUAAAUAAGAAUUGAAAAUUAUAUACUCGGCAUGCUAUACAAUACCAGUUUUGGAACAUGGUGCUCUAUAGGUACAGUAUAUAUAUAUAUGACAAACUCUUGCAAUUGCUUGCAGUCAUAAAAUUAAGUAAUUUAAAAUGGAUGAGGGCAUUAUGGAAAGUUAUCUUUGAUACAAGUUCACUCCUCAGUGGUGACUUGCAUCAAUAAUGUGGAUAUUAUGGUUUCCUUGUCAGGAUUAAAAUGUUCUUGUGGAUUCUGCAAAUAAGCAAAUUUGAAAUUAUUCCAGAAUAGCUUAUGAUUUUCUCUUGCUCCUUUAUACAUGUAUAGUAACUUGUGCAACUAGUUCAUAAUGCCCGUAUCCUCACUAUAGUGUAGCUAUAGUUUAGUGCCAUAAGCUGUGUGCUUACCUAUCAUAUUUGAGCAAUCAGAAAACACAAAUGAAAUUGUACAUCUCGCUGACAAAAGGUACAAAACCAGUAUCAACCUUAACAGGGUAAAUGAGAGCUUCCCACUAGCCCUUUAAUAUUUGUUGAUGGGGCGAGAUAGUGUUUCAGCUACAUUGCAGUUUGUAUCCAAAUUUGAUUUUUUUUAAUAUUCCUAUUAAAAACUGUUGACAAGUUAAGCACUACCUAUUCUGGAAUUUUAAUUUCCAACAGUGAAGUCCUGUGAAGUGAAGCUUUAACAAAAUCCAGUAAAGAAAGCAAUGUCCAGAUGGAACAGAGAACAUUAAAUCCUACUGGUUUGGAUUAAUACUUAAUUGUUAAACUAAGUAUUAAUUCAGUAAUUUAACAAUUAAAUUGUUAAAAAAUUAAAAUUUUACAAGUAUAUUUGGUAUCAAAAUUUGAGCAUAAAAAUAAAGAAUAACAGAUGUCUAGUUUGAACAGAAUAUUGGUUGCAAAGGAAGGGGACUGAUCUAGACUGGAACUUCACUGUACAUUUGAUUUGUCAUAUUGCAAAAACAAUUAAAUUAUAUUAUGGGAUAAUCUGAUGCAAGCAAUAUACUAUAGCAUGGGGGGAAGCGGUCUGUAAAAUGUUGUGAUAUAGAUUUUUUAAAAUAGCAAUAACCCUUGUUAUUCACCUUAAGGAUUUUGUAACACGAAUGCAGCAUAAUAUUACAGUAAUUUUCAGUUAGUUUAUUGUAUACAUUCUUGUUAAUUAUUAAUAUUUUAAGAGGAUGACACUGUAGUCAUUUAUACUGUAGAUUUUUAUACCAAAUGUGAAAAACUAAUUUCUAAAUGACAUUACCAAAGCUCAAUUCCUCAUGGAUAAUAACUGCUUUUUGCAUUAACUUUAUUUAAUGUCAUUUAGUAAAUAGUUUUCUUUAAACUUUUUUUAAUUUAUGACUGACGGCCUACGGGGCAGCUAUUAAAUGUUUAAGUUUGUUAGAUUAUAGCAUAAUACACACACUUUCUAUUAUAUUAUUUAGACACUGGUUUACAUGUGCAUUGUGUUUAUCUUGUUCUAACCUUUCAAGGCUUCAGUAUAUACAUAUAUAGCUUACUUUUGCUACACUUCUCGAUAAGUUUUCCAUACAAUGCACUUCUAUAUCUUUGUCUUGUAUAAAACAGUUGUGUGAACAAUUGCCAAAUAAUCAUGAGCAUUCUGUAAUUAACCAAGUAAUCAUGAUUUUUAAACAUUUUGUAGUCUAGAUCAUUACCACAGUUCUGUUUCAGGUCCCUGUGUUUAAACACUGACUAAACUUGAUAGUAUCUUGAAAUAAUGGUACAUGUUUUCAGUUAUCAAAUCCCUACUUAUUCAAUAAUAAUGAUUAACAUUGUAAAAAUAAUUGUAUAACUGAUGCAUACUAUAUUUCAAGCUCUUUGUCAAGGGACCAAUUUGGGUAAGUAAUUGUGGUGGUAGUGCAGUCUACCUGUCUGCAAAUUAAAAACUCUAAAACUCACUUUGAGCAUUUCUACUGACAUACACAGGUCCCAUCAACUGCUUUAUAACAAAGUUUACAUUACAAUACUUUGAGUGACUAAAUAUUAUGUUUAUAAAUUUACACAGUAUCAGCAUUUAGUAAUUGAGUGUUGUUUUGAAUCUUUACAUGUGUCAAUUUAAUGCAAGUGGUGCAAGAUGAAUAUUCCAAUGACAUUAUGCUUAGAAAGAUCCAUAUUGAUUUAAGGCAUCACUUAUUAAAGGUACUAUUGCUGGUUAUUAUGGUGCAAUGAAGGAUGGUGCCACUAAGUAUAAGGCCAUUCAGGUAUUGUGCCAUUAAAUUAUGGCAUGUAUGUAUGUUACUAAAUGAAUGAUAUCACCUGUGCCUUGUUGAACCAUUGUGAGCUAUCAUCUUCUCUUGUGCGCUACGCGGGAUGGUGACGGGUCUGUAGUUGCUCCACCGGGGACACCAAAUAAAUGCAAUGAAUUUGU